GGCAGAAUUCUUUAUUGAUACAAUAAAUAAAUUACAUGAUUCGGCUUGUAAUCGUGAUACACGACGAACUAAUAUACUGUACAUGAUUAUUGGCUACGGACUAUACUCGCCCCAUAUGUCGCAGGACUUUGAGCUUCGUAUUUUUUCACAUGAUUAUUUUGAUGGAUUGGUUGGGAUCGUGACCGUUAUUUUGAACAUAGAAUAUGCAAGAAAAUUAAAUAUCAAUUAUUAUAAGGUCAUUGAUCAUAGGAGAUCGAAACUUUUGGAUGCUAGACAAACAAACUCCCUAAUUUUUUGUAUCCUUUUAGGAAUAAAGAUUUCCGUUUUUCGUCAUACAAUACUUCAAGAACAAAAAUUUCAUUAACUUAACAUAUGCAUCGUUUUUGUCGAUCAUGAUUAACGAUGUCCCCAAGUUUUUUACAUCUUUAUACCAGCUGGUGCUAUGAAACCGAUGCUGAGCCCCUUGCACUUCCAA